AUGGCGUCACGAACAAGAGCAGACAAGAGCAGAGGAUGCCCUUUUAAUGGGUUAAACAAAACAGAAGGAAUUCAGGUGAUGGAAAAUAAAAUAACAAUAGGUACAACUUACCCCAAUGGUGUAGGCGCACAAAGGCCCAUCUUUAAUACCCUCACUGUACCGAAUGGAGGACCAUGGGGUGAAUGGGGGAUAAAGGAAUUAUGCCCCCAUGGCUACGCCUAUGGAUUUGCAUUGAAGGUGGAGCCUUCCCAAGGUGCUGGAGUAAAACGCGAUGACACGGCUUUGAAUGGCAUUCGUCUGUAUUGCACUGAUGGCUCCAUCAUUGAGUCCACAGUGGGACCGUGGGGCAGCUGGACUGGGAUCCAUUGGUGCCCCAAAAGCAACCUGAUCUCCUUCUCACUGAGGGUGGAACCGUCCCAAGGAAUAGGUGAUGACACGGCAGCCAACAACAUCCAGUUCAUAUGCUCAGACGGGACUGGACUGAUGGGCACCUCCCACUCCUGGGGUUAUUUUGGCCCAUGGAGUCAUCGCUGUGUCCUUGGGGCCAUUUGCGGGAUCCAGACAAAAGUGGAAGCACACCAGGGUGAAGGGGAUGACACGGCACUCAAUGAUGUGAAGUUCUUCUGCUGCAAAUAAGCAAGCACUUGUCCCUUUCCAUCCCCCAACACCAGCACCUGCCCAUUAAACACCAUUAAAGUUUAGC